AUGAGCCACCGUGUUGCGAUCGUCUCUUCUCAUUUAUCUCCCGUCAUGGCUUCAGAGAAAGAGGCUGCUCUAGCCGCCACUCCUUCCGAUUCUCCGACAAUUUUUGACAAGAUCAUAAGCAAAGAGAUUCCAUCCACUGUGGUUUAUGAGGAUGACAAGGUUUUAGCUUUUAGAGACAUAACCCCUCAGGGUCCUGUUCACAUCCUCCUCAUUCCAAAAGUGAGGGAUGGCUUAACUGGCCUCUCUAAGGCUGAGGAAAGGCACAUCGACAUCUUGGGCCGCCUUCUCUACACUGCCAAGCUUGUAGCUAAACAAGAAGGCCUAGAUGAAGGUUUCAGAAUUGUGAUCAACGAUGGUCCUCAAGGCUGUCAAUCGGUGUAUCACAUUCAUGUUCAUCUCAUUGGAGGACGCCAAAUGAACUGGCCUCCUGGCUAA